GGCUCCGUAGCCAUUUUUUACGACGAAAUUGAAAAAACAGAGGAGAGAUUGGGAGGAGGAUUAGGGGUUGAUGAUUAGAUGGAAAUGGAGUGAUGAAGAAAUUGGGAAUUUUUAAGCAUGAAGGAGAUAUUUUCUCGUGGAUUAUAUUGACUACGUGCGGCUUCACCAUAAUUCCAGUAGGAGCUCCCUAUUUUUAAAAGAAAAAAAUUGAAGUUCAAAACUCCACGCACUCACCAUUUCUGCAGCUGGAAUGUUUGAUUGAAUUAAACAUGGCGAAGGCUUCUUGUUUGAAUUCAUUGAAAUUCCAUGGUUGUGAGAUAUUUGGAGCUCGUCUUCAUACCUCCAAUAUCCUUCCUCUCCCUCCUGCAAAUGUUGCGAUGAAGCCUCUGGUGAUUGAAGCAAGAGCGAAUCAAGGGACGGAGAGCCCGAAAAUUCGCAACAGGAGAACAAGGAAAAAGUUUAAGGGAACAGCAGCGCGGCCGAGGCUAUCGGUGUUCUGUUCGGAGAAGCAGCUGUAUGCGAUGUUAGUUGAUGAUCAGAAUAAGAAGUGUUUGUUCUAUGGAAGCACUCUGCAGAAAACAGCACGAAAGGAUCCUUGUUGCUCCACUGCUGAGGCGGCGGAGCGGGUCGGGGAAGAGCUGAUCAAGGCUUGUGAAAGUCUCAACAUAAAUGAGAUAUCAUCAUAUGAUCGGAAUGGUCUGAGUGUAGGACAGCGGUUGCAAGCCUUUGAAGUUGCGAUUGGUCGACAUGGUUUCUUGAAUCGCUAGAGAUGUCAUUCUGGUUUUUGCUUGCAAAAUGCGUCUGCUAACUGUUUCAACUAUAACCUUCGUCGGAAGAAAAAAAGUGUCCUACAUCCAGGUUAUUUAUAACUCCAUGGUGAGAAGGUUAAGUAAAUGAAAACAAUUUGUUAUUUUAAUACUAUAAUAGAUUACUUUUGAACAAA